CCGGGGACUUGCAGCUCCGGCCUGUCAGUCACUCCCACAUUUGCAUUUCACGGAGGCUGGCAGGAGAGCUGCCCCGUCUCCCGUCCGCCCAGCCCACCACCCUUCCUCUCCGGAGAUGAAAUUGGACUGUCAGCGACCUCACCCUAUACAGGGGCAAACCUGCACUUGGACAUCAGAGAGCGAACCUGAAUGGGAGCCCCGGCCACCCUGGGACUGCCCCGCUCUGGGGGCUGAGUUGGAAGAGAAUAGCAAAAACAGGAAGAAGUUGGAUGCCAUGACCCUCAUUAAAGAAGACAUGUCCAUCUUCGGGCACUGCCCGGCCCAGGACGACUUCUACUUGGUUGUGUGUAACCACUGCAGCCAGGUGGUGAAGCCGCAAGCUUUCCAGAAGCACUGUGAAAGAAGACAUGGGCCCCUCAGCAAGCUUUACGCCCGGGCCCCACCUCCCCCUCCAGCCCCCGCCAGCUCCCAGAAAUGCCAUGUAGUAAAUGGGCAGGGACCAGCUUGUAGGGCCCCAGGUUCCACCAGAACCUCCUCGAGGGAGAAGGGCCAGGGGUCCCGGAGCCGUGGCCACCAGCCUCCGGAGCAGACCCAGAAGGACAACCUCUGCCUUUUCAUGCCUGUGGUGAAUCUGGAGAAGAUGUCCAGUCUCCCGAAGCCCGAUGGACAAGGAAUCAGGGUGGCCCCACCCUCAGCUUUCCUUAGCCAGCCUGGCGGCCCCACCAAGGACUCCCCAGGGAAACCCCCCACAGCACCGCCUCCUAAAGACCCCCUGGGCAGGGAGAGCAGCGGAGCAGCCCCCAGCGAAGGCAGCGCCCCUGAGAAGGAGCCUGCUGGGGCCAGAUUGACCCCGAAAACCCAUCGGAAGAUGGCUCGGAAGGAGUGUGAUCUCAACAGGCAGUGUGGCGUAGUGAAUCCAGAAACCAAAACGAUCUGCACCCGCCUGUUGACCUGCAAGAUCCACUCCGUGCACCAGCGCCGGGAGGUCCAGGGUCGGGCCAAAGACUUCGAUGUACUGGUGGCAGAGCUGAAGGCCAACUCACGCAAAGGGGAGUCUCCCAAGGAGAAGAGCCCAGGGCGCAAGGAGCCUGUUCCCGAGCGCCCCCCCCAGGACACCCCUGUCCCGGCCCAGGUCCUGACCGUGGCAGCUGCUCCCAGCAGCACCUUCCCCGCUCGGGCCCAGCAGACCUACCUACACUGUGCACUGCCCAGGUCCCGGGCCUCCUCUGAGAGUGAGCUGGAUGAUGAAGGCCCCUUUGGGGGCGAUGGGGACCCAGGUCUGUUCCCCUUCCCCCUGCCCCGGGGUGGGGCCCACGCCUCCAGCGAGGAGAGUGAGGAGGAGGGGAUAGCCGACAGCCUCCACCUCCUCCCUGACUGCCAUUAUGCAACCCGGCCCCCUCGGCCACAGGCGUUCUGCACCUUCGGGAGCCGGCUGGUGAGCCCAGGAUGCUACGUGUUUAGCCGCCGGCUGGACCGGUUCUGCUCCGCGCUCAGCUCCAUGCUGGAACGUCACCUCAGCUCACACAUGUGGAAGAAGAUCCCGCCUGCGGCUGAGCCUCCAGCCCACCUUGUCAGCUCCCCUCUGUCUGCCCCCCUGAGCCCAUCCUCCAUGGGCAGCUGUCCCCGCCUUCCAGGGCCACCCUCAAGACCUGCCUGCCCAUCCUCUAUACCCCCCACCAAGGACAGCCUUGUCCCCAGCUACCCUGCAGGUUCUCCCAGUGUGGGAGCCGCCUGCAGUCAGGCGGAGUGCAUGGGCGGAAGCCAGGCCAUCACCUCACCACUGCCUGCCAACACGCCUUCCCCGUCCUUCAGCAAACUCCCACCUUCUAAGGCCAGCAAGUCAUCCAAAGGCAAGGACGGGGCCGAGGCAGAAGCCUCCUCUCGGAAGCGGAAGUUAUCUCCUGGCCCCACCACUUUCAAACGGACCUGCAUUCUGGAGCCCGCUGGAAAGGGCAAACCCUCCGGUUGCCGGGGUCUCUCUGCCAAGACUAAAACAGCCCUGGGCAUGGGGCUCAAUGGGACGGUGGGGCCCAGGGUGAAGCGGGCAGGGCCCCUGGACUGUCAGAGUGCCCCUCACCAGCCUCCCACACCGGUCAAGGCUUCUCAGCUGGAGAACCGGGGAGUGGCUGGACACCCAGCCAAGGGCCUGCUGACCAACUGCCUCUCUGAGGAGGAGGUCGCCAAAAAGCGGAGAAACCUGGCCACUUACUGCCGGCCCGUGAAGGCCAAGCACUGUCAGGCCGGCACCCCUGCCAACGCGGCCUGCUCUGUGCGCCGGAAGAAGCCGGGCCCAGCCCUGGCCUUUGAGGAGAAGUGCUCCACGCUGAAGUCAAAAGCCCAUUAACGAGAAAGUGCCUGCCCACUGCGAUGGAGCCGCCAGCACCUCCUCCCUUCCAGAUCCGGGCCCCAGGCUGCUGCCGCUUUUUAUAACUUUAUAUUAUUUUUUUUAAGAAAAAAGUUCUUUAAAAUACCUCAA